GGCUUUCUUUCAUAUUUCUCUUAAUAGUUAGCACGACUUGAUUUUACGUUUAUUUGCAAGCACAGUACAUAAAUAUUUUACUCAACAAUGAUGUCAGAAACAUUGCAGCGUUCAGUUUCCAUUGGCAGUAAAAAGGCAUCAGAUCCUAUAGAUCUGUUCCUGGAACAUCAUCGUCUCUUCCGGAAGCAUACAUUAAUGGACGCCUCAAGUUUGUUUCGCGUGAUCGCCGAGCAGGUGUACGACAUCCAGAUGCUUCACUUCGAAGUGAGGAUGGAGUGCGUGCGCUUCAUGUUCCGCCGAUCAAGCAACUUCCGGCGAUUUGUGGUUGGAAACUUCGACGAGUACCUGUGGCGGCUGGCCAAGACCAAGACGGCAGGCACCAUGCUGGAGCUGAGUGCCCUGUGCCACCUGUACCGCCGGAAUGUCAUCAUCUACGAACCCUUCAAUCUGGGCCGACUGGUCACCUACAGCAAGGACUACCAGGAGAACUUACGUAUCUUUGUUACCCGUCGGGGUCACUUUGACUCCGUGCUGACUAUGCAGGACGUCGAUAUGGCCGCCGUUUGCCAGGCCGUGGCAUUCAAGAUGUUAUACAAGCACAUGUUCCGCAUCCCGGACGUUAGUCUUGCUGUGGAAUGGAUGCUGCAUCCAGAGACCUUCAAGUGCGGCAUUGACUUUGAGUUCGACCCGCGUGGCAAAGUCAUUCGUUUGCUGUGCCGCAACGGACGGAGCUUUAAGCUGGAUUCCCCCGAGAGCACCCUUUGCUUGCUUGAAAGCUACAAGUUGUGCCCGUUUCAUAAUCGCAGGCUCGCGUUGGGCAGGCAGUCCCGAGACCUCUCCUGUAUGCUGGGCUUUCUGCAGCAGAACAAGCAGCCCUUCUGCUAUUUGAUAGCCAAGUCAAUGGAUCCCUAUAUGUAUCGCAACGUGGAGCUGACUAGCCUGAUUGAAACCCGUCGCGACGCGAAGCAGUGGGAUAUUUACAUGGGCGACUACAACUUUAAAGUCGGAGCCAAGUGCCAGGUGGAGUUGGAUACCAAUAGACGCGAUCUGCUCAGCACUUGUUACAUACAAUCGAUCGAUAGGAAUAAAUCCGCUUGUCAAGUGUUCAUCGAGGAGCAGGGAAAACUUGUAAACGUGCCCUACGAUAACCUACAUCCACUGCCGCCAGAUGAAUUCAAGGCCUGGGAUCUUGCGCGCAAGCGGCGACCUAAGCAACCUCGACUACUCCAUAUGAGCCGAAUGAAGAGGCAGUUUCAUCGAAUGCGAAACACAUCCAGUCCACAGUCACGUCGUUCGAGUCCACGUCAAUACUUCAAAACGAGGGGACAAAGUUUCGAAACCAGAUUGGAAAAUGUCUCCAAUAGACCGUCGCCACCAAACCAACAAUUCGGUCCUGACCAGAAGCCUGCUACGGCUCCCCCAAUCAACCAGUUCCCCAUGCCACCGCCAGUGGCAAUUCCUCGUCCGGUUUUCCUUCCACCACCACCCCCUAUUUUCGGGCCUCCUAGAUGGAUGCCACCCAUCCGGCCAUUGAUGCCCAAUCAUCUGAUGAUUCGUCCGCCGGGGCCACUCGCUUUUGUCCAACCACCACAAGUUGUUCCGCCGCCUAGCAUGAUGCCGAUUCCAUUCGUUGUACACAACUCACCAUUGGUGUUUGGGUCUGCUUAUGGCCCCUAUCCGCCAGCCACAUAGCUCCACUCACUUUUAUACAUUUUUAAAUUUUUUUUUACAAAUAUGUAAAUUUAAAACAUUAUAAUUAACAUGUCAAAACUGUCAAUAAAAAGUGUUUAUACCCACAGAAA